GUUAAAUUAAAGUUUAAAACUCUGGGUUUAUGGUUUAGCAAGCAUGGAUAAUUCAAGGGUUUUUUCAACAACAACAGCACGCGAGAUAUUCACAAACAACCUUGCUUCGGUGUCGCCUCAAUGUUCAAGCAAAAGUUUACCUUCGAAUGAACUCCAUCUGACCCCAAGCCAAGAUGACACGCAUCAAUGGUUGUAUGGGGGUCAUGACAUGCAUGGGGCAACAGAUAUGUCAAUCGUUACCGUGGAAAGUCAAAAUAAUAGGAAUACUGCACAGGUUAAAAGGAAGUUAGAGUUACAAAGCAGUAGCAGUGGAUCCAUGAACUCAUACUUGAUGUCAGAAUCUCAAAUUCAACAACUUCAAACUCAAAACUUUGUAAAUAAUUACAACAAGCCUCCAUCAUUCAAGUCUCCACUAAAGAGAGCUAAGAGCGUCUCCGAAAGAAAAGUUUUAGCAACAAACCCUCCGAGCCGGAAGCGAAAAAUGAGCACAGCUGGUUCUGUUGCUUCUGGGUCGCCAUCUGAAAAAUCAAGAUAUGACACUUCUCUUGGCCUGCUAACAAAGAGAUUUACCCAGUUAAUGCGAAAUUCUUCCGAUGGUAUUCUUGAUCUGAACCAAGCUGCUGACAUUCUCGCCGUCCAGAAAAGACGAAUAUACGACAUUACAAACGUACUGGAAGGAAUUGGUCUGAUUGAAAAACGUUCGAAAAACAAUGUGCAGUGGGUUGCUUGCCCAAACACAGAGUCGGACCAUUCAAGUGAAAUCGAGAAACAAGAAACGCAGAACGAGGUUGAUGCUCUAAGGAACAAAGAAGAAGAACUCGAUCAGUUGAUCCGGAAACGACAAAUGGAACUUGAAAGAUUGUCCGAGUCAAAUACCGAGCAUUCAUAUGUGACCUACCAGGAUAUCAGAGGUAUCAAAAGCUUCAAAGAACAAAUUGUGAUUUGCAUCAAAGCUCCACAAGAUACAAAACUUGAGGUGCCCGACCCUGGAGAGAAAAUCCAGAUGUUAUUAAAAAGCACUAAGGGUGAGAUCGAUGUGUUCCUGUGUCCUGAUCCCCAGGACCAUAUUUCGCCUAAGAAAGAGCCAGUAGAGGGCGAUAGUGGGUUGUUGGAAUCGACCUCUGUAUCAGAUGGGAGUCAACGGCUAUCGGGAAGUCAAUAUGAGGAGAAUCGGCCCCUCUUUAUGCAAACCGAGGAUCAAAUGCCGUCAGAUGAAGUGGAUUCCGCAUUUAUUGAUGAAGAUUCAUUCAUCGCGCUUUCCCCAGCCAUGAACCCCGAUGAUUAUUUGUUUUCACUCGAUGACAGCGAAGGGAUUUCUGAGCUCUUUGAUAUGAACGCUACCUCGCUUAGUGGUGCUCGUACUUCAUAGCUAUUGUUACAUCACACACACGUCCUAUUGUUGCAUCUCAUCUAAAAUAGAAUUAAUUUCUUGUUUGUACUUUCAAAGUAGUUGUUUUAGUUGUGUUUUGUUUUUUUUCUUGCGUUAUUUCUGAGGAUUGAUAUUAAUUGUUGCAAAAUGCAUUUGCGGACCCCUUUUUUGCAUUUUCCCUCACAACCUGCAUUCAGUGUGUUUAAUUUACGCCUGCCAGUUUGAAAACAUUACAUUAUUGUCGCAUUUUCAUUUUACAACAAAAACGUUUUAACUGGAUGUAGUAUUGAUUAUUUUACCUCCUCUAACACCAACUAUCAUGGUGUAGUUUUGUAACUUUUGAAAGCGUAUUUAAUGACAAAAUGUUUCUAUAUUUUCUUUCAAUUUUUAACUACAACUGCCAAUUUUGAUACUGCCAUAAAUUUAGUUUGAUUCUUGAUUUCAGUACUGCCCAACUGGUAUGCAAAUUGAUUUGUAUGUUCAUGUCAGCAUUUUUACUUACGCAUUCUAUAUUUUUGCGGUCUAUUUUGUUUUCAAUCAUAGCGGAAAAUUUCAAUUUUUUUGGGAUCAAUUUUGAAAAGCAUGUUCGUUCUGUACAAAAUACAAACGUUAAGAAUGACA